ACAUCGUCAGCAGCAGCUGCGCACCUACACCAACAAGAACAACAACAAUUACAGCAGCAGCAACAGCAGCAACUCAUCAAGGCCAUAUCAACAGGCGCUGCCGGCGGCGUCACCGGUACCGGCAACGCCAGCGUAGACAACAACGACAAGGACAAGGACUCCGUCAGCAAUAGCAAUAUUGCCACAUUGGUAACAAAAAUUCAAGCGAUAAUUCCCGAUACGCCCAUCGUAUCGAUUGCCGCUGGCACGUUGAGUGAGAGCACCUCAACAACCACAUCGACUAAGACGACACCGACGCCCUAUUUCCAGGAGCAUCUAGUCACCUUAAUGUCGCACAAUGUGAAGCUGGAGCAGCGUCCGGCCAACGACACCAGUGGCACCAACACCAACACACAACUGACCAACAACAACAAUACGGAUAUAGCUGCAGUCGCUAACGAUUCUAGCCAGAAUCAUGCUACCCCUGCAACUGAUGAGCGCCAGAACCAGACCCAGAGCCCGGGCUCGAGCCAGAAAUCGAAUAGCUCGCCAGCUGCUGUUGCACUGCAUCACAUAUUGACAUUGACGCCACAGAUAAGCGAAUCGUCGGUGGAUGGUGGCCAGGCGGCGGCGUCAACGGCGGCGGCAGCGCCGACCGAGGUGUUUGCGGCGACAACGACAACGCUCCAGCAGCGACGUGGCGCCACCGCCAAAGGCAAAACCCAAGAUGACCAAAAUGUGGGCCAGCGUCAGAAAAAUAAAAAGACAAAGUACGAUGCUUGGGAGGAUAGCGAAAUUAAUGAUCUCGAUGACGCAUCAUUGAAGAAACUACUCGAGGAGGCCUAUUGGUAUCGCAAUCCCGGCGAUCGCAAAAACAAAAGUGAGCGUUUUCUGGUAAGUACAACACAUGAUUUCGUUACACCCAUCCCGACCCCCACCCAUAACUAA